AUGCAUCCUACCUCACUCAUAAUAACAUCGAGCUUAAUUAUUAUCUUCUUCCUCCUGGCAUUUCCAGUGCUGACAACCCUAACACCCAAUCCCCAAGGGCCCAGCUGGGCCCUUUUCUAUGUAAAAACAGCAGUAAAACUGGCCUUCUUUACAAGCCUCCUUCCUCUAGCCCUAUUCCUUAACGAAGGGGCAGAAACUGUAAUUACUAACUGAUCCUGAAUAAAUACCCUAACAUUUGACAUUAAUAUCAGCCUAAAAUUUGAUCUCUACUCCGUCGUUUUUACCCCCGUUGCCCUCUAUGUGACUUGGUCUAUUCUUGAAUUUGCAUCUUGAUACAUGCACGCCGAUCCGUACAUAAACCGUUUUUUUAAAUACCUGUUAAUUUUUCUUAUCGCCAUAAUUAUUUUAGUGACAGCCAAUAAUAUGUUCCAAUUUUUUAUUGGCUGAGAAGGUGUAGGCAUCAUGUCCUUUCUUCUCAUCGGCUGAUGAUACGGCCGGGCAGACGCAAACACCGCCGCCCUUCAAGCAGUCCUGUAUAACCGAGUCGGGGAUAUUGGCCUAAUUUUUGCCAUGGCUUGAAUAGCUACAAACUUUAAUUCUUGAGAAAUCCAACAAAUGUUUAUUACUGCUAACAACUUUGAUCUCACCUUCCCCCUACUAGGGCUGAUUCUCGCCGCCACUGGCAAAUCAGCUCAAUUUGGACUUCAUCCUUGGCUUCCCUCUGCUAUAGAGGGUCCUACACCGGUCUCUGCCCUACUGCACUCCAGCACUAUGGUCGUGGCAGGCAUUUUUUUACUUAUCCGACUAAGCCCCUUAAUAGAGAAUAAUCAAAUAGCCCUCACCACAUGCUUAUGCCUAGGCGCCCUCACCACCCUUUUUACCGCUACUUGUGCCCUCACCCAAAAUGAUAUCAAAAAAAUCGUUGCAUUCUCCACAUCAAGCCAACUAGGCCUAAUAAUAGUGACAAUUGGACUAAAUCAACCCCAACUUGCUUUUCUCCAUAUCUGUACCCACGCAUUCUUCAAAGCAAUACUAUUCUUAUGCUCCGGCUCAAUUAUUCACAGCCUGAACGACGAACAAGACAUCCGAAAAAUGGGAGGAAUACACCAUUUAACCCCUUUCACCUCUUCAUGCCUCACCAUUGGAAGCCUCGCCUUAACUGGCACCCCCUUCCUAGCAGGCUUCUUUUCUAAAGACGCAAUUAUUGAAGCUCUAAACACAUCACACCUUAACGCCUGAGCCCUGGCCCUAACCCUCCUGGCCACUUCCUUCACCGCAAUCUAUAGCCUUCGCAUUGUUUUCUUUGUGUCCAUGGGCCACCCUCGAUUUAAUUCACUUUCUCCUAUUAAUGAGAAUAACCCAGCAGUAAUUAAUCCAAUCAAGCGACUUGCCUGAGGCAGCAUCAUCGCCGGGCUCAUUAUUACUUCUAAUAUUACCCCUAUCAAAACACCCGUAAUAUCCAUGCCUCCCCUACUUAAGCUAGCCGCCCUUAUCGUGACAAUUUUUGGCCUCCUAAUUGCCCUUGAACUAGCCUCCCUCACAAGUAAACAACACCAGCACACCCCUCACUUAACCCCUCAUCACUUCUCCAACAUACUAGGCUUUUUCCCCAUAGUUUUCCACCGCCUUAUGCCUAAACUUAACUUAACCCUUGGCCAAGCAAUUGCCAGUCAACUGAUUGACCAAACCUGGCUAGAAAAAACAGGCCCUAAAGCAGUAGCCUCCCUUAACACCCCUUUAGUUUCCACAACAAGCAACAUUCAACAGGGUAUAAUCAAAACAUACCUCGCCCUAUUCCUCCUUACCCUAGCCCUAGCAUCACUUCUGCUUGCUUCUUAA